AUGUCCACAUAUGUGGACGCCAGGUCCUGGGAGGUUUCCAUUGCCAAGGUGCUCCUCGGAAUUUUUGGGGCAGCUGUGGUCGUCGUUUUGAUAGCGGUCCCCACGGCUAUAUUUCUUAAUGAAAAGAACGACGAGGCGAGCAUUAGAUCUUUCACCCUUGAGGACGUCUUCAACAGCUCACUGAAACCCAAAUCCUACAACAUCAGGUGGAUUUCUGAUCAUGAAUAUCUGCAUACGUCAGUAGGCUCAGUGUUCCUCUAUGACGUCGCAACAGACAAGAUAUCAGACUUCUUGAGCAAAGACAGAUUUAUGGACAAAAAUGCCUAUGAUUACCAGCUGUCAGCUGACCGCCGAUACGUUGCAUUCAUGAGCAACUACUCCAAGCUGUGGAGACAUUCAUUUACAGCUUCAUAUUCACUUUAUGACCGGGAGUCAGACACAUUUAUCACACCCUCUGACAUUCCUGAUAAAGUCCAGUACUUUGCCUGGGCCCCUGAAGGGAACAAACUGGCCUUUGUUUGGAACAAUAAUGUGUAUAUAAAGACCAGCCCCAACUCUACAUCACAACAAGUCACAUUCAAUGGCGAGGAAAAUAAGAUUUUAAAUGGAAUCCCAGACUGGGUGUAUGAGGAGGAAAUGUUCUCAUCCAACCAAGGUCUCUGGUGGUCACCUGGAGGAAAGAACUUGGCUUACGCUGAGUUUAAUGACACUGCGGUCCACACUAUUGAAUACUCGUGGUAUGGUGAAAACCAGUACCCCAGCACUGUUUCUAUUCCAUAUCCAAAGCCAGGAACUCCCAAUCCCACAGUGAAGCUAUUUGUUGUGGACACUGACAAUGCAACAAAAAUCUCUGAAGUUGUUGUUCCAGACUCAUUUGGCUCAGUUGAGCACUACUUGUCUACUGUAACCUGGGUGAGUGAUGAGCGUCUAGCUGUCCAGUGGCUAAAGAGAGUACAAAACCAUCUCAUCCUUCAGAUCUACAGCUUUAAUGGAUUCAGAUGGAAUACUUAUGAGCAUCUGGAGGUGGCGAGCACUGGCUGGAUUGGACGGUUCUCUCCAUCAGAACCAGUUUUUGCCGCAGAUAAGAACAGCUAUUACCUGCUCAUGAGUGACACCCAGCAAUACAAGCACAUCCAUCAUGUGGUUGGGGGCAAGGCUACAGCCAUCACUUCUGGAGAAUGGGAAGUUAUUGACAUUCUGAAAGUCACAACAGAUAGUGUAUAUUUUUCAAGUAAUGAAGAGGGUGGCAAGCCAGGAGGAAGAAACGUUUACAAGUGGACACAACAAGAAACCAAGUGUCUGACGUGUAAUCUACGUGAAAACUGUCAGUAUAACUCCGCUUACUUCAGCCACAAUGCCUCCUAUUACCGCAUGAGCUGCAGUGGUCCUGGCACUCCUUUCUAUUCUCUCAUGGAUAACAUAAACAACAGAGAGCAAAAAGUUUUGGAAGACAACAAGGAAUUUGUGAGCAUGAUUUCUGGUAUUCAAAUGCCAACCAUGCGUCAAGGCACCAUCAAAUUGGGCGAAUACAAUCUCUGGUACCAGAUGAUUUUGCCUCCAGGCUUUGAUGAGUCCAAGAAAUACCCUUUACUGAUCGAUGUGUACGCAGGUCCAUGCAGUCAGAAAGUAAACUACGUCUACAGGGUAAACUGGUCCACCUACCUGGCAAGCACUGAGAAAAUCAUUGUUGCUAGCUUUGACGGAAGAGGGAGCGGUUACCAGGGCGACAAGUUAAUGUAUGAAAUUUACAAAAGCCUGGGAACCAAAGAGGUGGAAGAUCAGAUAACAGCAGCCAGGGAAUUCAUCAAAAUGGGAUUCAUUGACAAAGACAGAGUUGCUAUUUGGGGAUGGUCCUACGGAGGAUAUGUCACAUCCAUGGUCUUGGGAUCUGGCAGUGGAGUUUUCAAGUGUGGAAUGGCAGUUGCUCCAGUCUCCAAAUGGCGCUAUUAUGAUUCCAUCUACACAGAGCGUUACAUGAUAUUGCCUUCACAGAAUUCUGAAGGUUACGAUAACACAACAGUAACUGCCAGGGCCAGGAACUUCCAUUCAGUGCAGUAUCUUCUUGUUCAUGGAACAGCCGAUGACAAUGUCCAUUUCCAGCAGGCAGCAGAGAUCUCAGAAGCUCUGGUUGAGGAGCAGGUGGACUUUGAGGCCAUGUGGUACACAGACAAGGAUCAUGGGCUCGCUGGCGCUGCCAAUCAACAUGUCUAUACCCACAUGACUCACUUUCUACUCAGGUGCUUUGCAUAAAACCAAAAUCU